CAACGACACCCGACGAUGAGGAUCAGGUAAUUCACAAGCCUCACGAUGUUCCAGCCUGACCAAACAAUUAGGUAGUGUACAUCGCCCGUAUGCCCCCUAUGAUUAAUCAGUUCUCCAGAUCUGCGCGAGGGCAUCUGCCAGCGUUUACAGCUCGAGGAUAAGUCCAAUCUGGCGUUCAUGUACUCAUCAGCAUGCAAGUGCCUAUGUUUUGUCAACAACCUGUUGUAUCCAGCGCCGGUGGAACCACGCAUACGAAAAUGCCGAAGACACAGGUUAGCUCGCAGACUUCAAGACACCGCUCGCGGAAUGAGACCCAAGCCAUAGCUGGAUAUAAACGUCUUUCCGUUCCACGCUCGACGCUGGCUGGACCUGUUACAUGUACCCAUUCGGCCGGCCAAUACGAGCUUGCGUAGUCAGCGCAAUAGGGUCGGUCCAGAGCGACGAUCGUGCGGGCUACGAGCCUACAAGACACAUCCCGAUGGCAUGGGCCAGUUGACACGGAGUUUUGGUGAAAACAUGGUACGUUUGAUGAGCGCUCACCAGCGGAGUGGUAUGUAUGAUGUAGGGG